CAAGAAAGUGACCCUUCAACCUCUCUCUUUCUCUUCAUAUAUACACAAAUUAACCUGAAUGGCUUAUUCAAAGAGUGAUGCUAAUUCAGACACACUGUUAUCUGAGAUGGCUUCUGCAAUGAGGAUUCUUGGGCUAACCCUGUGGUGGCUCUACCUAGCCAGCCGAGGCGCAACGAGGGCCGUCUCUCAGAGCGCCAACGGAACAGUGCAUAUCGAUGGAUCGUCUCCCAUUGGAGUCACGGACGAAGACUUCAUCUGUGCUACGAUGGACUGGUGGCCGCCUACGAAAUGCGACUACGGCACCUGCAGCUGGGGAACUGCUUCCCUUCUCAAUCUGGAUUUGAGCAACAAGAUUCUUCUGAAUGCUAUCAAAGCCUUUUCUCCUCUGAAAAUCAGACUGGGAGGAACUCUACAAGACAAACUCAGAUAUCAAACAUCAGAUGAUACUAUUCCAUGCACUCAGUUCAUCAAGAAUAGCUCCGAGAUGUUCGGAUUCAGUCCCGGCUGCUUGCCCCUAUCGCGAUGGGACGAGCUCAACACCUUCUUUGCACAAGCAGGAGCUAAGGUUAUAUUCGGUCUGAACGCGCUAACUGGCCGGACUAUUGGACCGGGCGGCGUGUGCACGGGAGCUUGGGACCCCACCAACGCAGAAUCUCUAAUUAGACACACUGUCAACAGUGGCUACACCAUCCAUGGAUGGGAGCUUGGAAACGAACUGAGCGGAAACGGCAUUGGAGCAAGCGUUGCAGCCGAUCAAUACGCAGCUGAUGUGAUCACACUUGGCAACAAAGUGCAGGAGAUCUACAAGGGCUUCGACACCAAGCCCUUGGUUCUUGGGCCAGGCGGCUUCUUUGACGGAACGUGGUUCUCAAGAUUUGUCAAGGGAGCGGCCGGAUCACUUCAAGUUGUCACGCAUCACAUUUACAAUCUCGGGCCAGGAGUGGACGAGCAUUUGAUUGAAAAGAUACUCGACCCCUCGUAUCUUGAUGGCGAAGCGCAGACUUUUAAGGAUCUCCGGAGCAUCGUGAAGAGCUCGGCAAGUGGAGCUGUUGCUUGGGUUGGUGAGGCUGGAGGGGCUUAUAACAGUGGCAGAAAUCUUGUGACAAAUGCAUUUGUGUUUAGUUUCUGGUAUCUGGAUCAGCUAGGGAUGUCUGCUGCCUAUGAUUCCAAAACAUACUGCAGACAGUCCUUCAUUGGCGGGAACUACGGUCUGAUCGACACAAACACUUUCGUCCCUAACCCCGAUUACUACAGUGCACUUCUUUGGCAUCGUCUCAUGGGAAGACGGGUUGUGUCGACAAGCUUCAAUGGGACGAGCAAGAUGCGAGCGUACGCUCAUUGUUCCAAGAACAGGAACGGAAUCACACUGCUACUGAUCAAUCUAGACAACACCACUACAGUUCAAGUUGGGGUUUCAGUCGAGAAACUGACGCUUGAGCAGGCUGUUCGCCUAACACGCAAGACACAAUUCUCCGGUGGAUACAGAGAAGAAGAGGAAGAGACCGGAAACGAGAUGUUGAGAGAAGAAUACCAUCUAACUGCAAAAGAUGGAGAUUUGCAUAGCAGAACAAUGCUUCUAAAUGGGGAAAUACUGCAACUAAACUCUUCAGGCCAAAUACCUCCAUUAAACCCGAGAAGAGUAGACGUUUUACAACCGAUAACAGUUGCUCCCUACUCUAUACUAUUUGCUCAGAUACCUAUCAGCCUCCCUGCCUGCAAAUAAAGCAUAGCCCCCUACCAAGAUUCAUAAUAUACGACUAGUUUCUACGAAGCAAUAUAGAUUUCGAAUGCAAUAUGUAUCAAUAAGUAAAUGUAGUUUCCAACAGAGUAAUAAUAAAAUUUGAUGGAGAAUCAAAAUUCCAGUUUA